UUGUGUCAACUCACGGAACACACUGAUCUUCUCAACAUGGAACAGACUGAUCUGCUGUUGCAAGGUGUCGCAGUUGUUGCAGAUAUACUAAUAAAAGAGUUGAACCAUAUAAGCAAAGAAACAAGCAAUGUAAAAAGAAAGAAGGAACGCAAGAAGAGAUCGAUUUGGACCCGCGAAUGGAUAUUAAGGCGUGAAAAGCUGGGAGCAUCGGAUAAUUUUCUCCGAGAAGUACGCAUGGAAGACAAGGCCACUUACAAGAAUCAUUUGAGGCUGAACGGUGAACAAUUUGACUAUCUGUUACAAAAAGUAACGACGAAAAUACAGAGAGCUGAUACAGUCAUGAGAGCUGCUCUAACUGCCAAAAUAAAGCUACAAAUAGCUAUGCGCUAUUUAGCAACUGGAGAUAGUUUUCCAAGUUUAGAAAGUUCUUUUCGAGUUCCAAAGAGCACCAUAUCCAAGUUUCUGCCAGAAGUGCUAGAUGCAAUAUAUGAAGGGUUGGAGGAGUACAUAAAGAUCCCAAAGACAACUGAAGAAUGGACAAAUAUUUCGAGAGUGUUUGAUAACCGUUGGAAUUUUCCUGGAUGUUGUGGAGCCUUAGAUGGCAAGCACGUCAAUAUACAACAACCAAUCGACAGUGGAAGUGACUUUUUUAAUUAUAAAGGUUACUUUAGUACUGUACUUUUGGCUCUGGUAGAUGGGGACUACUGUUUUACAUAUAUUGAUGUGGGCAGCCAGGGUAGAUUAAACGAUGCUUCAAUAUUCAGUAAUUCAAUACUUAAAGAGAAAUUGGAAGAUGGGACUCUGAAUUUUCCUUCUUGGGGUGUCAUUUUAGGAGACGAAGCUUUUCCACUGAAACAGUAUUUGAUGAAACCAUAUUCUCGAAGAUUAACAUUGACAGCCGAAGAGAAAACUUUUAACUACCGUCUUUCUCGUGCCAGAAGAAUAGUAGAAAAUGCAUUUGGCAUAAUGGUGUCAAAAUUUCGAAUAUACCGGACUCCAAUAUAUUUGUGUCCAGACAAAGUUGACAAAAUUGUUAAAGCAACUUGUGCACUUCACAACUGGCUCAUGAAGACAGCCAUGCACUAUUAUGCACCAGUGGGAACAAUGGACACAGAUGACAGACCUGGUUUGUGGAGACAGGAACCUAGUUCAAAUUAUAUUGCACAUGUUGUGAAUCAAGGUAGUAAUCAUCCAUCUCGGUUGGCAGAGCAAAGAAGAAUCAAUUAUAAAAAUUAUUUCAUUGGAGAAGGCUCCGUCCCGUGGCAAAGUAGCAGAAUAUUUUAA